GGUUGUAGUCAGAACUCCCCGACCUCAAAUGUUGGCGGGGCCAAGUUAGACUGGCAUCCAGGCUACCUCUCCGAGGCAGGACAGCAGAGAAUCGGGAACAACAUGGCCGGGCCUCCUGUCGUUCUUUGGCAGCAGGAAGUAGAGGGCCUGUUGCAUUACAGAGAGCUGGUCCCCCGUCUGGAGGAAGCUUUGGGUAAGUUCUCCAGACGAGACAGCUCAGAGGUGAUCCAGCCUGUUCGCACCACGCUGACCCUGCAGAAACACCACGGCUUCCUGGGACUGAUGCCUACAUACAUGGAGAACGACGGGGUCCUGUCCACGAAGUUUGUGUGCUUCUACAAAAGGGAGGAUGGUUCCUCUCUGCCAGCUGUGCAGGCCACAGUGGUGCUGCUGGACCCAGAGUACGGGAAUGUAAAGGCUGUCAUGGAUGGAGAGCUCAUCACAGACAUGAGGACAGCUGCAGUCUCGGCCAUCUCUGCUAAGCUGCUGAUGCGUCCCGAGGCAGAGGUGUUGGCCAUCUUGGGUACUGGCAAACAGGCUUUUAGUCAUUACAAUGCCUUCACAGAAAUGUUUUCAUUUAAAGAGGUGCGCGUGUGGAGCCGCACAAGACAGAACGCGGAGAGGUUUUGCCGCUCUGUCAGCGGCCCGGUGACGGCAUGUGUCUCGGUGCAGGAGGCCGUGAGGGGAGCAGACGCCAUAGUAACAGUAACCAGAUGUACAGAGCCAGUGCUCUUUGGUCAGUGGGUCAAACCAGGAGCCCACGUGGCAGCGGUGGGGGCUUGCAGGCCAGACUGGCGGGAGCUGGACGACGUGUUGAUGGAGGCGGCAGUGGUGUACGCUGACAGCAGGGAGGGAGCAAUGGCCGAGUCCGGUGACGUCAUCCUCUCUGGGGCUGAGGUGUUUGCAGAGCUUGGAGAGGUUAUUAAUGGGACAAAAACUGCCCACAGAGAAAAGACAACCGUGUUCAAAUCCCUUGGAAUGGGAGUUGAAGAUGCAGUGUCUGCUCAGCUGGUAUUUGACCAAUGGAAAGCAAAAACCAGCCAACCGUGAAGUAAAGACUGUCUUUAUACUUAUGGUGGUCCCUAUAACUAUAAUAUUCACUGCAUAAAUCCAUAGUUUUAUUAUUGUGCUUAAACCUAAGUAAUUCCAGAUCUACACACAUAUUCUCUUAACUCCAAAAACACAGUAUAACAGAACUCUUUAUCAUACACUCCUGUCCAUCAAGAACUUCCUUUUUGUGGCUUUUCCUUCUCCCAGCAUGUCUGCACUCAGCCCCCUUUACGUAGGACAGAGCUUCUCUGGACGGAGUCAUAUGUUGACCUGGGUCAUGCUAGAGGAUGUGGGUGACCGACCAACAUUACCAUCCUAAGAGAUAUGUUGCUAGCGUGGCUAAAAAUGCCAAACAUUUUGUGGUUAGUUUCUCAAAAGCAAGGAUUAGCUCCUUUUCUUUUUGUCAAUCCAUUUACUUUGAAUUUUAGACUUUAAAAGACAUGGACAAUUUUCUCUACUUAAAACUAAAAUAAAAAACUAACUAGCAGUCUUAUUUGUAUUGUUUCCCUGCAGUGCAGUGUGUGGACAGAAUAUAUAAAUACAACUGA